GGUCCACCGAUGGCCCGUGCAUAACAGCAUCUUUUGCUGAGCAAGUCUGCACAGAAGUGUUGAUGUACACACAACGGUCGUUUUUUGUUUUUCCAGUAGGACAUUUGUAUUGUUUUGUAUUGUAACUUUUAUUGAAGACAUAGGGAAAGUACGAUGUCUUACAAGACAACAUCCAGGCUAAAUGUAAUAAAAUUGUCUCUUGUUGUAAUAAAGUAAUCGCACCUGCCACUGUAGGCUAUCUUCACCAGCCCCAUUUUGGCUUCGCAAAACUUUGAGAGAGGGGGACGAGGGGGCGGGCGGUGUUCUUCCCACAGUGUCAUCGCAUCUUUCAGUUGGAGUUAACCAGAAGGAAACCACUUGGACCUACAGCCUACUGCACUCACCACGAGCUCCACGGACUUCCGAAGAAGAGGUUAGCACAAAGAAGCACAACGGACAUCCAGCGCUCAAACUUUGCCAUUGGUUGGCAUGUCUAUGACGACAAAAGAGUACCCGCAGAGGAGGAAGUCUCUGGGACCAGUCUCCCCAAAACGGAUCUACAGGAGCCUCUCUGUCAGGCUCAGGGGUGGCGAGUUGUUAACGGAUGGGGACGCAGACACCACCAAACACCAGUGCAGGGCCUCAUCCACUGUCAGACCCAACAAGGACACCCAACUUUCCUGUUGGGUCUGUUUUUACACAACUCUAUGGGAGGCUGUGGAGAGCGAGGACACCCUGGCUGUUCAGAGCCUGUUGUCCAGGGAUAGAGCAUGUGGGGGAGGAGAGAAGCCUGAGCAGAGAGGAAAGUGGGAGAAGGAGCGGGAGAGGGGAGUGAACAGCAUGAGCGAACACGGCCUGGUGCCCUUUGAUGUGGCCAUGCUUACCCACAAUUCUCCUCUGCUACAGGUGCUCAUUAAGGCAGGGGCUCGACAUAAUCCAUACUUGAGUCGGCCAUCAGAGUGGGCUCUGAAGCUGGAUGCCCUGGUGGCGCUGGCAGGGCGGAGGGUGGAGGAACACAGGAGGGUGGUGCUGAGCCGGGCCAAGGCAGGGGUCCAGCUGCAGGCCAGUGCCCAGCGGCAGCUCCACCUCUGGACCCUCCGGCAUCAGCUGUACUGCAAGAUGAAGGAGAGCUUACAUCUCACAGUUCUUCCUGGCCCUCCCAGUAGUGCUGUCUUGCAGGUGACCAGUGCCUCGUCACUUUCAGUGUCAGUCAGAGAGCCAACUGGCAUGAACGCUGGACUGAUCACUCGCUACAGAGUGGAGUGGAGCACAUCAGAGACAUUCCAGCCCAUGUGUGGAGUUGGCUUUGUCACCAACAUUAAGAGCCCCGUCUUUAACGUCACUGGACUGACCACUGGCGUGCCAUAUCACGUGAGAGUGAGUGCCUACAACGUGAGAGGAUGGGGCCCACCCCAGACCACCAGUCCAGCCGGUGCUGUUCCAUCCAGCUGGCUGGAGUGUAGCGGGGUACGGGUGCGGAACUGGAAGCAGGAGCCUGAAGUGAAGAGGAUCCUGGAGCAGAUCAGAGAGCCACACUACAGGGGAUACUGCAUAGAAAAUGGCCACCAGCGGGGUUCCUCCAAGCGGCUGUCUGUGUCCCGCGGGUUCAAGCAGCUCUUCCAGUCAGCCACCAAGUUUGUGCGUUUACUGCAGAGGGGUGUGUACCUGGCAACAAUAUUUUACUACAAGGACAACUUCCUGGUCACGGCAGAUGAUCAAUUUCCAUUAGUGGAGAUCCAAUGCUGCUCCACCUCCAUCAUUCAGGACUUUCUCUGGUUUUCCAAGUUGUCCUGCGCUUGGCAGCAGGUGCCUUGGCUUCGGCAGGCCCUGAGCUCCUCCCUCUCCUCCUCCUCAUCCCUCCUCCAGAACAGACUCAACAUCCUGCGAGCGGUCGCACAGCUGCAGUCUUCCCUGGGCACAGACGACCUGGGCCAGGUCUACUUUGAGCCUCUGAAGGACAGGCAGGGCAACGUGCUGCUGGUCACCCUGAGAGAAUGCUCGCCGCACAGCCAUCCUCCGGACCCUCCCCUCCGCUGGGUGCCCAUGUCCCGGCUGGAGAAGAGCCGCAGCCACACCCCUCUGCUGCCUGAGCCUACAGCAAUGGACACCCUCACGGAGCAACUCAAGGAGAAGUUGACCUACCACAGGCGUAGCAUGCAGCAGGCCCAGCCUGGCCUCUAUGUGGGGAUCCUGAAACUGUGCAGCUCUGUGGAGCAGCUGCGGGUGCUGGUGCCUCAGAGGCUGCCCAACCUGCUCUGCCAUGCAAGGGUGCGGAACAACCCCCACGUCUCCAGGGAGGAGUGGGGGUGGCUGCAGCAGCACACAGCACCCCCAGGUGUCAGCACAGACAGGGACGAUGACUCUGUGAACGACAGCUCUGGGUUGGAGGAGUUUGUGCACUCACUGAGAUCCGCCAUCACUAACCUGCUGACGCGACUCAACAUCCCCCUCUACAGGGCCUAUCAGUACCGGGUGUACACACAGGAGCUGCUUCAGUUUGGGGACCAGCUCUCUGUGCUGCUUCUGCUGCCUCCCAGUGAGGAGUUCAGUGCCAGUUACUGGCCACUAGAGGGCGCCCAAGACGCUGGGAUUACCAUGCCUUUGCAGAUCUUUGAGCUGGUGCACUUCUGGGCGUAUGCACGAGGCUUCCUGUCUCAGUACUGUCAGGCCUGGCUGAGGCUAGAGCUGGAUGCCUACCUGUCCCAGCAGGCUUUGCGGGAAGCGCUGGACAGCAAAGAGGUCAUGGAGGCCAGGGAGCGAGUUGGCCACAUCACCCAGCUCUCAAAGAGCCUGGAGGUAGUGUGGCGUGAAGCGAGAUGGAUCAUGGAUGUAAUGCAAUGUGUUCGAGCCAAGCGUGGCACCAGUCCAGGGGCAGUGCCUCUGGGGUUGGUCAUGGGUGGGCAGCCUCCACCAUCCUCCCUGGAUGCCAGUGGAGAAGGGGAGAGAGGGGAUGUUACCAUGUUACUGCUGGGGGCAGUCUUGCCUCCUCACAUGCUCAAUCCACAAGCAGCCACAGAGGGUAUGAACAGUUCCUUGGAUCCAGUCAGCCAUGAUAUCACUAUGUCAGGAGAAAUCCUGUCAGACUUGGAGAACGUCCUGCCCUCUCCUGAGGCAUAUGAACUGGGAGUCCCUACUGAAGAGGUCCAGUCCUUCCCAGAGUACCUAAGCCUGCCUCAGCCAGAGUACCUUGGCAUGCCUCAGCCAGAGUACCUUGGCAUGCCUCAGACAGAGUACCUUGGCAUGCCUCAGCCAGAGUACCUUGGCAUGCCUCAGCCAGAGUACCUUGGCAUGCCUCAGCCAGAGUACCUUGGCAUGCCUCAGACAGAGUACCUUGGCAUGCCUCAGACAGAGUACCUUGGCAUGCCUCAGCCAGACAUAUUCUGUGGGGUGAUUAGUGCUCCGCUCCUGCCUCCCAUCCCCGAGGAGACGCACACAGUGCCCUGCCUCCAGGAGCCUGACCUUCUUCAUCCGUGUUCUCUGCAUGAAGAGGGCGUUGGAGGGAAGGAGGCUGUGGUGGCGGGAGACAUGCUGCACAUGUUGGACAAGCUAGACCUGUGUGGCGAGACGCUGUUAGGCUUCGGCGGGCUGGACCCUCCAGUGGGUCCUGAUGACUUCUGUGUGCUGGGGGCAGAGUGCACAGCCAGCCUCCUCAGCAGCUGCGGUCCAGCCGCCGCAGACAUCAGUUUGGAACAUAAUCAACCUUUAUUUGAUCAGGCAACUCCCUUGGGUUUUUCUGAUGAGCUCUGUGAAUUCCAUGAAGGUACCAAGCUCUGGGCUAUAGAGGGACCCUCGAUGGGUUUCCUCCCACCCUCCCUCUCACCGUCCUCCUCCUGCUGCGGGCAGACUGUAAAUCAGAGCCCUGGGCUGAGUGGGGAGAGCAUUAUUACAGAGGCUUCCAGUAGAGGGAAUAUUAUGCCUGUAAGGAGUGUGGUGGCAUGGGUGACCCCUGCUGACCAGCAGUCCUGA